UAAAAGCUUUCCCUUGAAGGUGCUAAUCCAAACUCCAAGUUUCCCCAGCAGAUUUAAGGGGCUUUAAAUCUGCUUGAGCGUGAGUGUUGUGAGAUGACUUUGAAAUUCUUACAAAAACUGAAAGUGAAAUGAGGAAGACAGAUUGAGCAAUCCAAUUGGAGGGUAAAUGCCAGCAAACCUACUGUACAGUAGGGGUAGAGAUGCAGAAAGGCAGAAAGAAGAAAAUUCAGGAGGACUCUCCUGAGGGGUGAGCCAAGCCCUGCCAUGUAGUGCACACAGGACAUCAACAAACACAGAUAACAGGAAAUGAUCCAUUCCCUGUGGUCACUUAUUCUAAAGGCCCCAACCUUCAAAGUUCAAGUAGUGAUAUGGAUGACUCCACAGAAAGGGAGCAGUCACGCCUUACUUCUUGCCUUAAGAAAAGAGAAGAAAUGAAACUGAAGGAGUGUGUUUCCAUCCUCCCACAGAAGGAAAGCCCCUCUGUUCGAUCCUCCAAAGACAGAAAGCUGCUGGCUGCAGCCUUGCUGCUGGCACUGCUGUCUUGCUGCCUCACGGUGGUGUCUUUCUACCAGGUGGCCGCCCUGCAAGGGGACCUGGCCAGCCUCCGGGCAGAGCUGCAGGGCCACCACGCGGAGAAGCUGCCAGCAAGAGCAAGAGCCCCCAAGGCCGGUCUGGGGGAAGCUCCAGCUGUCACCGCAGGACUGAAAAUCUUUGAACCACCAGCUCCAGGAGAAGGCAACUCCAGUCAGAGCAGCAGAAAUAAGCGUGCUAUUCAGGGUGCAGAAGAAACAGUCAUUCAAGACUGCUUGCAACUGAUUGCAGACAGUGAAACACCAACUAUACAAAAAGGAUCUUACACAUUUGUUCCAUGGCUUCUCAGCUUUAAAAGGGGAAGUGCCCUAGAAGAAAAAGAGAAUAAAAUAUUGGUCAAAGAAACUGGUUACUUUUUUAUAUAUGGUCAGGUUUUAUACACUGAUAAGACCUACGCCAUGGGACAUCUAAUUCAGAGGAAAAAAGUCCAUGUCUUUGGGGAUGAAUUGAGUCUGGUGACUUUGUUUCGAUGUAUUCAAAAUAUGCCUGAAACACUACCCAAUAAUUCCUGCUAUUCAGCUGGUAUUGCAAAACUGGAAGAAGGAGAUGAACUUCAACUUGCAAUACCACGAGAAAAUGCACAAAUAUCACUGGAUGGAGAUGUCACAUUUUUUGGUGCAUUGAAACUGCUGUGACCUACUUAUACCAUGUCUGUAACUAUUUUCUUCCCUUUCUGUGUACCUCUAAAAAAAAAGAAUCUAACUGGAUAUACCAAAAAAAAAAAAAAAAAAAAAAGUAGUUACCGUUGGCUUUUCUGUGAGCUAUUUGUUUUGGUUUGCUGAAACUAGUCCAAAACAGGAAAUUUAACAGACAGCCACAGCCAAAGAGUGUCAUGUGAAUUACAAGAAACCAGAGCCCAUUUAGGGAAAGAUAGAACUAGAAAGGCUUUUCACUAUAAUUCCAUGCUGAACAAUUGAGUCAUAGCUUCUUAUCUUGGAGGAAGGACACAAUUCAAAGGGGCAGUAAGGAUUUUGUAAAAUGUGGCGUCCAUAAUUUACUAUGGAACAAGUGCCCACAUCUCUAGGACCUUAAGACAUUUAUGAGAAAUCUCAGGAUUCAUUUUCUAUUUUUAUGUUAAAUGCCCUCCCUCCUUUUUGGUCAACAUAACAAAAAGUAAAAAAUAAAAAUUGUAGAAAUCUUGCGGUAGUUACAUGAAAUAACUAAAAGUUUAAAUUUAAAUAUGAAACAACUUGGCUGAAAAUAGUAUCCAUGUACUAUUUAAGUAUUUUAUGGUUAUUUCAAGUAUGCAAUUUCUAUCUAUGAUGUAAUAUAUUACCCACACAUUUUUUCACAGGAGAGAGAGAAUAUCCUCAUUUGUUUAUGCUCAUGUGUACUUCCUACAAUGAAUUUCAGAAACAUUUAAUAUCAGGUAAUUUCAAUGUAUGCAUGUAAAGCAUUGAUUGAAAAAUAACUAUAAUUAUUCAUAUAUAACAACAUAAUCUCCAACAGAAGUUACUGAAUACAUUUAUACUAAUGUAAUGUAAUUUCCCUUUAUUUCUUCCUCUUCUGUUUCAAACUGCUGCUAUUGUAGUUUACAUAUCCCAACCUUUAAAAAUAUUCCUCUUAUUAGUUUUAUAUUCACUUUAUAGAGGUUGAGUUUUAAUUAAAAUUCUUGGCAUCCUGAAGUAUGUCAUAUACCAUGUACUCCUUAUAAAUAUGUUGAUAUCUCAGAAGACAUCAUCCCAGUUUUCAUUUUAUAAAGUACCAUACUUAAGAAUGCUGUAAUACUUAUCUUUUAUAACAUGUUUCCUUUGCUUUGCUUGUCUUUUAUGUCAUUAGUUUUAACUGUUUACUUCAUUUAACAGUUUACAUCAUUCAACAGUUUACUUCAUUAAACAGUAGGUGGAAAAAUAGAUGCCAGUCUAUGAAAAUGUUCCCAUCUAUAUCAAAAUACUUUUCAAGGAUAUACUUUUCAAAACAAAGAAAACCGUUUAAAUUUUAUGUUUAAAAUCUAAACUUUAAGUUUAAACUUUGUUUAGAUAUCUGGUUCCUAUGAUUUCGACUUCAGUAAGUUCAAAUAAAAUAUAUUUUGCAGUUCAUUUUGUUUUACAUUGUAAUUUAAAAAGAAGAAGCGAUAAGUGGAGUCAGAGUUUCAAUGCUAGGAGGGGUGGUUAAUGAUUUUUCUGGUGUUGCUGCUAAUAUGGAUAACAAAUAAAAACCUUCAUUGCCUUUUG